GGUAUAAGAGAAAUACGCUGCGUCUAACGAUAGCUCUAACAAGGUUUUUUUUUUUUUUUUAAAGAAAGAAACAAAGAGAAGAACUGUUUAAGUUGUUUUGCUUUGCAUGCUUUGUUUUCUUUUCGAGCAGACCAGAGAAACCCGGAGCGAGAGCUCUGUCGUGUUUGCUUGUUCUCUCUGUGUGAGCAACUCUCAGCGUCGAUGGGGUGGACGUGAUCUUUCAAACAUCAGAUCAGCGCGUUUAUGUAUUGGGUGCCCGGAAAUUUUUUCCAAAUAAACACAGCUUGAUUCGACUUGGGUGGGCAGACUUAUCAACAGACUAAUUCUAUAAACAAAUGAGGGAAUAAACCAAGCUCACCAUUGGCUGGUGGGUCGGGGACACGCGGGAAGACAGAAGGCAGAGAGAGAGAGCCGGAGAGCCGGGGCUUUUGGAGCAAUGAAAUUUUAAUUAAUGUGGGUGGGCUGAGAGAAACACAACGAGUGUUUAUCAUAGACAAUUUAUUUUCCAGCGCUAAGUCAACAUAAAGCAGCAAACGUGCAACAAUUAACAGUGCUGAGUGGUGCAGGAGAGCCAGACGGACUGACUCUCAGGCCUCGGCGCAGCAUCUCUAUGGACUCGAGGACUUCUGAACCGGUGCGCAUUUAACGGGACUCAACAUGAACUUGUACCACGGCCGGUUAUCGCAGGGACCCGCGGCUCUCAGCCUCGCCAACUCGUCCCUGAUAUAUCUGUAUGGCGGAGAAGUAGGGGGCGUGAUACCGGCGCUGGGACUCGCCUCAGCCCGACAGGAACCUCCACAGAAACCUCCGUACAGCUACAUCGCGCUCAUCGCCAUGGCCAUCAAGAGCGCACCAGGCAAACGCGCCACGCUGAGCGGCAUCUACCAGUUUAUUAUGGACCGCUUUCCGUUUUACCACGACAACAAGCAGGGCUGGCAGAACUCCAUCCGACACAACCUCUCGCUGAACGACUGCUUCAUCAAGGUGCCCAGGGAGAAAGGGCGCCCGGGUAAGGGCAGCUACUGGACUCUAGACCCCAAGUGCCUGGACAUGUUUGAGAACGGCAACUACAGGAGGAGGAAAAGGAAGUCCAAGCUGCAGGAGAGUAGCGAAGCUAAACCGAGUCACAGACGAAGCCGGGGUCCGACUCCACAGGCUCCGGGCAACGCCAAACUUUGCGCAGGGACGCAGGUAGUGAAAGACGGGACCCUGACUAGUGAAAAGGCACUGGCGGAAAUCGUGAUUCAGCACAAAGACCAAGAACAUCCACCUCGAGGACAUCUGAGCUACCCGCCGCACAACUCAGCGAAACACUGUCGUGGCGCACAUCCGAGUAGCGCGCGUCCCCGCUCCCCGACCGAGCAGCAGUGCGCGUCUCCGCCAAAGCCCAAACACCAAUCAGAACUGCUCUCUCCACAGGUGCGCGAAAUGCACACUGGGAAUUCGUCGAGCGCAGAAAGCACUGCUGGCACGCCGACUUUGGGUUGCGCGCAACUUCGCGACGCUCUUCCAAAGCGAGACACCAAAGAUCUAACGGACAGCAAGAAGACUUCAGACAAAUCGAAAGAAUUUAGCAUAGACAGCAUUUUAGCCAAAAAAGUGAACCGGCUCCAGCGUAGAUGCAGCUGCGGAGGCUCAGGAUCUGCGUGUCUGGAAACGCGUCACUGCGCGCUCGCUUCAGCGCUACUUCCGGCUGCGCACGCGCCGCACCUCUAUCCCAGAGCCUACCCGCUGUGCUCCUAUGUGUCCCUGGCAUGGCCCGAAACUUUGCUCCAGUUCUGCGAGAAGAGUGGUGAGAAAAUUAGUCUGAUUUGACCGAUAUAGCGAUAACGGGACAUGUUACUGAAUCAGCAAACUCAAAUCUAUAGCAGCUGUUCUUAACUCCAAUAGCAGGGAAUCACGUCAAGCUUCCUCAAGUACCAACACACCUGAUCCAGCUGAUGAUAUCUGUUGAAGAAUCUCUGUUACAUAGAUUUAUUUUAAUAACUGGAUAUGGCAAAAUCCCCAGCAUUGAAUAAAAUCUGUUUUUCUUUUUUUUUUUUUAAAGUCUUAAAGUGAUGGUUCAUAAACUCAUAAAGUAUUGCAUCUACAUAAAUUAACACAGGCAAUGAACUAACAUGCACACUUGUGUAUUAAGAUCUACAGUGUUUAAUGAACUCUUACAGUGUUCAUCAGGGUCCAAGUUGAUUAUUUUCCAAUAACUGAAUAUUACUGGAUGUUCUAAAGUGUUUUAUAGCUCUUAUGCCACAGCAAUUUGCCCACAAUUACAAUUAACCAAGAAUUACAACACUGUAAAACAUGAUAGCACCAUUAAGUUAUGUGAACUUAUUUCUUCUCUUCAACGCCAAUUGUCAUGACAAGUUUUGGAUAUUGAACUCAAGUUUAUAAGAUAAAACUGAGAAAAUAAAAGAAAACGUAAAGUAAUCUUCAAGUUGUGUUUACUCAUGUUUUUGAGGCAGCAGGUGAACUUUCGUUUCUAAGUUUAACCACCUGAAAUGUUUUACAAUUUUUAAUUGAUCAAGGAAUGACACAUCACACCUUUUAUAGAUGUAAUUGUGUGGAACAUUAGUUCCUGUUAUCGCCUAUGUUAGACCAGUUAUAAGCAUUCACCCCCUCACCAGCCUCUCUGAAAACAAAAAUAUGCAGCAGUGAUGCAGUGCUAUCAAAAAACCAGAAAGACUUUCCCAUGGAGGAAAACUUGCUGACUGCUACAACACACUGAUGCACAAGACUCCUUCUAUAAAUGCUAAAUAAACAUCUUUAUAUAAUAUACAUUUUAUCUAAAUAACAACACUUAAAAAAUCAGUUUAUUAUUAGAUGAUGUUGUUCAUAUGAAUGAGUUAUUAAUAUAGAAUCUAACAUGUUUGAAAGCAGCUGGCACUAUUGACAAAGCCACGCUGUGCUGGAAAAUUAAUCAACACCUUCUGACCAAUCAGAAUUGAAAAAGCAGCAGCGCUGUGGUAUAAGACACAAUAACCAGUUUAGGGCUUAUUAUUAUUAUUAUUGCUAAUGUUGUUGUUGUUGUUGUUUGGCACAACUUGUGUGGCCCACUUCAAAGGUUCACAUAAGGCUGACAGUAGUUAACUCAGUUGAUGUAUUACCCAUAGAGAGCUGCGCCAUGCAAACCCUCAUGGAUGUUGCUGUUUAAAUGUAAAUGUUUAUUUGAGCUCUGACUUUAUUACGCUCCUUUCAGUGCUUGUAAAAAAAAAAAAAACAAGAUAGAUUACAAAUUGUAUAAUGUUGUUGCUUUUCAUUGCUCCUUAUGUACCUCAUGGAUGCAAAUAGUUGGGAACACUAUAUGAGGAAAAACGUAAGAGGAGUAAAUGAG